GGGGGCGGGGCCGCGCGCUCCGGGGCAGGCCGGGACCGUGCAGUGUAUGCUUUUCAGAGCACCCUGGUUUGUGAAGCAUUACCUGGUUGAACGGGAAUUGAAGCAGGACAACGCCAGCCUCUCCUGGUCUAGAAAAGGGCUCCGCCGUGGAACCGGCCCUCGGGAAGCAUGGGAAAGGGCUACAAGGUGGUGGUUUGUGGAAUGGCCUCAGUGGGAAAGACUGCGAUUUUGGAGCAGCUUCUCUAUGGAAAGCAUACUGUCGGCUUAGAAGAGGGUGCCACAAUGGAAGAUGUGUAUUUGGCAUCAGUGGAGACAGACCGAGGCGUGAAGGAACAGUUACGGCUUUAUGACACCAGGGGUCUGCAGGAGGGUGUGGAAUUGCCCAAGCACUAUUUCUCCGUGGCCGACGGCUUCGUCCUGGUGUAUGCCGUGACCAGCCUCGAAGCAUUCCAAAGAGUCGAACUGCUCAAAAAGGAGAUUGAUGUCUUCAGGGACAAAAAGGAGGUUGCAGUUAUUGUCUUGGGAAACAAAACUGACCUCCUGGACCAAAGGCAAGUGGAAACAGAAGCAGCACAGCAAUGGGCAAGGGCCGAGAAAGUGAGACUGUGGGAAGUGACUGUGACAGAUCGGAAAACACUACUUGAACCCUUCACCUUCUUAGCUAGCAAACUGUCCCAGUCCCAGAACAAAUCAACAUUUCCCUUACCUGGAAGGAAGAGCAAAGGGAAUAACUGUGAAAACUAGACUAGCUUAGCAUUGUCUCCUGCUGCCAGGUCACAGUCUAAGUCCUUUUUGUGCCAUUUGCUCCUCGCAGUUUCACUUAAAGCAAUAAUAUCAUUCAGCAAUAAAAUCAGCAAGCUUAUAGCUAAGAGGUAUCCUUCCUUCUCAUAGACUUGGCUUGGAAAAGCUGCUGGUGGUAAAAGUCUCAAAAAGCACUUUAUAAGAGCCAUUAUUUUGCAGCCAGGGUUAUGGAGGAGGAAGGGAUAGAUGGAUACCUCUCUAGCAGAGGCUUUUACUAUACCUGGAUAGAGCCAUGUUGAGGGACAAAUCAACAAGCUUACCAGUAUAUAAUCCCCCUGCAGAUCUAUAGCCUGUAGUCACAAAAAGUAUUAGCUGCAAUAAAGCAUUCAAUUUGGAAAAGUGAUAUAUUUGAAAUGGCAACAGCUCUUUUACCCUGACCUUAAACAGGGCCACAGGGCUUUUUGAUGCUGCAAGAGGCUGAGAUCAGUGUCUUGCUGUAGGAGAAGGAUAUGGAGCAGGAGGAACAAUUACCAGAUUUAGCCACCUAUGUUUUGCUAGUGUCUGGAAGAAAAAAAAAACCCAACAAAAUCAUAAAAAACCCACCCCCCACAUCUUCUGGGAAAUACCCCAUCAUGAACCUUGUCAACAAAGUCUAGUAAGCAGUGCUUUCAGGGCAGGAAUUAAUUUGUAGAAACCAGAACAGCUCUCAGAGCACUCAUUGAUUGAACAACAACCUAAGGACAGCAUAACUGUGGGUUUGUUCCAGCAUGUACACUACAAAUCAGUCACAUUCCCAUAGGUGGUAAUUUUACUGAGAAUUAUAUGGAUCGAUUUUGUAUGCAGGAGGCAUUGUUGGGCUCUGCUUAGGACACGCUUACCUGGCUGCUCAGGCAAGCUGCAGCAAUCCAAUCUCCCUAGGCCAGCUAGCAGCUGGUACAAAGUGGUGUAUGACUCUGCAGGUUGGGGCUAAGGAGGGUUGGAGGCUGCUUUUUUGGAGAUAUCCCUGGGCAAACACCCAGAAAUACCUGUACAAAUGGCCCCGGUCUUAAUGUGCUGCACAUGGUGUGGCUGCAGGAGCACAACUGCAUGUGCAGUGUUUGACUCAACACUGGCAAACCUGUGUGCUGCAGGAAUCUGCUGUCCCAGGCCAGCCUGGCAGUAAACUGGACAAAAGGGGAUAGAUAUAUAGAGCAACAGAAUGAGCAACUUUUCAAAGAGAUGGGCCAGUUUUUGUUAUCUAACAACCUCCGGUACUAAUUGAUGCUAGCUUUUCUUUAUAUUUGAAGGCAAGAGCAGGAAGAGGGAGUGAAGUACCCAGUUUCUGCAUUUUUCACUAAAUUAAUCCUCUUUUGAACAAAUACUGAGAAUUUCACUGUGAAUCAGCAAAACCACAAGCAAUAUUUGCACUGUCAUAGCAUAACUGCUAAAUAGUGUGCUUAAUGAUCAAAAUUAAGCUCAUUGUAUUGCUCUUCUUGAAUACUGAUUAAUAAAGCCUGUCAGCAUUACUAAA